UACACCGCCCAACCAACCCACCAAGUUCAUUCACAGAAAGCAGCGUUUCAUGUCACACCACUGAGGACAGACAUGGAUGAGAACCAGCCGCUCAUUCGACCGGACGCAUCACAGAGAGGUAAUGCGCGGCUCUACCUGGCUGCGUUCUCUGCCGUCCUGGGGAACCUCAACUUCGGCUUCUCCCUGGUCUACCCCUCUCCGGUCAUCCCCCAGCUGCAGAGGGGCGACGACCCCCGGCUCAGGAUGGACACUCAGGAGAUCUCCUGGUUUGGGUCCAUCUUCACCCUGGGGGCAGCGGCGGGGGGCCUGGCGGCCAUGCUGCUGAAUGACCGGGUCGGCCGCAAAGCCAGCAUCAUGAUGGCGGCCGUGCCCUCGGCCGUGGGCUACCUGGUGAUGGCGGCAGCGCAGAACGUGUGGAUGCUUCUCCUGGGCAGGUUCCUGACGGGCAUCGCAGGUGGCAUGAGCGCUUCAUCAAUACCUGUGUAUGUCUCAGAGAUCUCACACCCCAAAGUCCGAGGCACGUUGGGAUCCUGUCCCCAACUGACUGCAGUGUUUGGAUCGCUGGCUCUCUACGCUCUAGGUCUGGUGUUGCCAUGGCGAUGGCUGGCGGUUGCUGGGGAAGUUCCGGUGAUUGUGAUGGUGUUUCUGCUGUGCUUCAUGCCGAACUCCCCGCGCUUCCUGAUCACUCACGGCCGCCGCGAGGAAGCCUGCCACGCACUCCAGUGGCUCAGAGGACCCGAGUACAUGAGCGAGCUCCUCCGCAUCGAGCACAGCGUCAAUACACAGGGUCGUGUAAGCUGGGCGGAGUUGGGUCAGCCGUUCUACUACAAGCCGAUCCUCAUCUCCGUGGGAAUGCGCUUUCUGCAGCAGAUGACCGGCGUCACGCCCAUCCUGGUCUACCUAGAGCCCAUCUUCCACCAGACACAGAUCACACUGGAGCCGCGGUAUGAUGCUGCUCUGGUGGCCGCCGUGAGGCUGGUCUCCGUGGUGAUCGCAGCCAGUCUGAUGGACAAGGCUGGGAGGAGGGCCCUUCUCUUCACCUCGGGUUUCCUCAUGUUCCUGUCUAUGCUAAGUAUGACCAUGUACACCCACACGCCCCGCAGUCACCAAGGCAACACCAGCUCCUCCCCCCUGCUACAGUGGGGGGAGGGCCCCCCUCAGCUGACCACGACCUUUGAACCCAUGACCACGACCUUUGACCCCAUAACGCUCAUUCCCCUCAUCAGUACCAUGGUCGUCAUCUUUGGUUACGCCAUGGGCUGGGGACCAAUCACCUGGCUGCUGAUGUCGGAGGUGCUGCCCUUGGGGGCUCGUGGGAUAGCGUCGGGUGUGUGUGUGGGGGUCAGCUGGAUCACCGCCUUUGUGCUCACACAGCUCUUCAUGCCCGUGGUGGAGGCAUAUGGGCUGUUCGUCCCCUUCCUGUUCUUCUGUGUGGUGUGUGUGGUGAACAUCAUCUUCACAGGUGUGUGUGUGCCGGAGACCAAAGGCCGCUCUCUGGAGGAGAUCGAGAACUACUUCAGGACUGGCCGCUCCUUCACCAUCACAGACAGCUGCUCCGCCACAUGAUGACCACUCAUCUCAUAUGACUGUAUAGUUUUAAAAAAUGUUUUAUUUGUUUACAUCCCUUUUAUUAUUAUGUAGCUCCUACUCAAACGCAUGCUUAAGGCUAACUGUAAAAUAUCUUAUUUUCAUGAACUUCUUAUUGUAUUUACAUCAAUAAGUCAGCCUAACUGUUAUAUGUUUUUUUUUACACAUCUGACUUGUCGGACCUCACAAUUGAUUUCUGUUUUGGAGACUUUGCAGACAUACAAUGAUAUAAACUGACAUGGGAGACAGUACAGACAUACAGCACUAUAAACUGAACAAUUGAGUGUCAGUAAUGCUGUUGUGUUUAUUAAUGUGUUGAAUUUCAACAUUAAACCUGCUUCACCA